GGUGCAGUAAGUAACAUUUCUUAUUGAUCCAGUGUUACUACAGGAGGAAACCAAAACUAAACGUCUCGAUUCAUUUCUCCGUUCAUCGAUCAACAUGCAUCCGCAGGCUCGGGAAACAGGAUGCGUAAUUCCGCCGUCCGUCACUGCUGAUCCCAAUAAUCCGAGCCUCGGAGCCUGGUGAGAAGUCUGGGCACGAGAUAUAUUGUGAACAAAUGGACAAAACCAGUGCAUUUACAGUAAGCAGCGAAAAAUACAAUUCAAAAACCUUGCGUAUAUUUCGUCAAGUCGCCCGUGGGGUGAGUGGAGAGUCGUUGGAACCUGGGGAGAACGAUGUGGUGCUGUUUGGUAGAGUCUCUGGUGGCCCUGGACAGAAAACAGAUGUUGUGAGUGUUGCAUGUGCACGUCCUCAGAAGAUUUUUGUCAGCGACAAUCCACAAGAUGUAGAUUUGUACCACUGGAUUAAUUUUCUCUUUGUCUUGAAAGAUUACCAGGGUAUAGGAUAUGGAAGACAGAUAUUGCAUAAAAUGGAGCAGCUCCUAUGGUAUCAAUCACCUGCAACCAUCAGGAUCGAAAGUGCAAUGAAGGCUGUCGUAUUCUUCAGAAAGAUGGGUUAUGUUGAAGUUGGUGAGCCGAUAGAUUGCGUUCACUCAAGCAGCGCUUUGUUCAGAACAUUACAAAUUAUGGAAAAACCAUUUAAACGAGCUAGUUGAUUGGAAUUUGUGUAAAAAAAGGAUGACAGAAGUGGAUAGAAUUGCUGGUGUAAGAUUUGAUGAAAUUUCCAAUAUGCCCACAAGAUGAUAAAGCCUUUGGAAGGCUGUCUUGAAACAGCCUAUUCUAAAAGCAUUCGGUGAAGAAUCAGAAUAACGUUAGAUGACAUUUACACUGUUUAACAGUGAAUAAGAAAUGUAGACAUUUUUAAAAAUAGCAGAGGAACAGAUUGGACAAUAAUAAUAAAAAUUUGAACACUUUAUGUACCAUAAGCAAAACUAAAAGGUUUUGUCUUCGCUUCAAAGUUUGCGGUCAAAUAAAGUAGAU